AUGGAUCAGAAACAGGCCCUGAAGUUUUGCACCGUGUGUGCGUCGAAUAACAAUCGGUCUAUGGAGUCGCACAGGAUACUGCAAGAAGCGGGCUACGAGGUCAGCUCGUAUGGUACCGGCUCUGCUGUGCGUCUACCCGGUUUGUCCUUUGAUAAGCCCAACGUGUACCCGUUCGGCACGCCUUACAACGAUAUAUACAACGACCUGCUGAGCCAGUCUGCUGAGCGUUACAAAGCCAACGGGCUGCUGCAGAUGCUGGAUAGGAACAGGAGGCUCAAGAAAGCACCAGAGAAGUGGCAGGAGGGUACCAAGACUUUUGACUUUGUGUUCACCUGCGAGGAGAGAUGCUUUGAUGCAGUGUGCGAGGAUCUCAUGAAUAGAGGCGGCCGUCUCAAUAAGAUCGUGCAUGUUAUUAACAUCGAUAUCAGAGACGAUAACGAAAAUGCCAAGAUCGGUGGCAGGGCCAUCCUAGAGUUGGCGAAUAUGCUCAACGAGAAAGUCUCUGAAUGCGAGCAGAACGACACGCUGUUCGAGGACUGUAUAUUAGAUAUUCUAACUAAAUGGCAAGAAGCACAUCCUCAACUCCCUUGUCUUUACGCUCCAAGCUACUACUAA